UAAUUUGUUUUUUUAGAUUUGUAAAUAAUCUAUUUUUGAUUAAUUUGUAAUAUAUGUAUAGUAGAGGAAAGAUUUUGUUCAAAAUAUUUAUCGUUCAAAAAAAAAAAAAAAUACCUAAUAACAAUCAAUAAUUAAACGAUUCGAUGUAAUAGAUGAACGUGACCGCGCAAGCUCUGUCUCUUUCAAUGAAAUGUCGUGCUUGCAUAUGGAACCGCGAACAAAGAUACAACGAUAAAAACCUGUGGGUAAAAUACCUGCAGCUGUGAUGAUCAAAAUGUCAUUUAGUUUGAUUACUUGUGCAUGGCUAAUUACUUUUGGUAUCCUAACGAAUCUCUCUCAUGGCGAACUUGAAUUUUACCAGGAUGCAGUUCCAGAAGUGCCACAAGAUAUUACUGCUUUAAAACAGUUCGCUGAAUACAUUACAAAUCAAAAUCAGAAACAACACAUGCAUCAUUCAUAUCUACUACCACUUCUUACCUCACAGAUUCACAAGAAACAUCACUUGGAUCUUAACGAACAAGAUGAACAUGAAAUUUUUAAGCCAUUAAAAGAAAAAUUUCAUUUGGAUGAUAGAUUGAGAGAACAAAAAUUAACACCCUGGAAUUAUAUUUCCCAGAUUCAGCAUAGAGAUUUAAAACAGACUUUGCCUAAAAACGAUUAUAAUCUUUUAUAUUAUGGUUUUAAUCCAUUGUUUAAAAACUUUAAAGAUUACUUUGAUUCUGAACUAUCCUAUCAAGGUAAUGAAUUAAUAAAAGAUAAUCAAAAGUACAGAAAUGUAGAUAUUGGAUAUUUGCAAGAAAAAAGACAAUCUCUGUACAAUGCAGAGAUUGAAGAUAACACUGACAAAGAAAUAACAGCUGAUCUUUUAAAAAAAAAUUUGAUGUUAAGUAAUAGACAAAUAAUAGAAGAAAAUAAAGACUUUAUACCAUCAUUUGCACAAGUACCUGAAUUCACAUAUUUUUUUGAUGAUUCAAAUUUGAAAGAAAAAUAUCCAUUUAUUCAACCUAAUGAUCCUAGGUACUAUGAAAAUACCAUUUUUCCUGUGGAUACUAGAAAUAAUGAGAGAGAUCAGGAGCUAACAAUUGAGCCCAUAAUUAUCAAAGAAAAUAUAUUAAAUGAACAAACUACGGUAAAACAAUUAAAAGAUAUAGAGAUCGAUAAACACAAUGAAAUAAGAAAUAUUACUGUAGGAACAUUAAUGGAAGAAGAAAAAUCUGAAAAAAAUCGUCCUUUUGUUGUUUCAAUUGCUCAAAAUUUAAAUGAUGAUAUAUAUUUUAUUGCUGUUAUUGCUGGUUGCAGUGCAGCAAUAAUGUUCAUUUGUGUAUUAAUCAGUUUAACAUGGUGCAGAUUGCAUCGUGGAGUAAAAGCAGCUGCUGAUAUAGAAUAUCCAGCUUAUGGUGUAACAGGUCCAAAUAAGGAUAUAUCACCUUCUGAAGACCAAAGACUGGCUCAAUCAGCACAAAUGUAUCAUUUUCAACAUCAGAAACAACAGAUUAUUGCUAUGGAAAAUCGUACCUCUACAACUAGAGAUCCAGGAUCUUUAUCCGAAGCAGAAAGUGAUGAAGAAAAUGAAGAAGGCGAUUAUACUGUUUAUGAAUGUCCUGGUUUAGCUGCAACUAGUGAAAUGGAGGUAAAAAAUCCCUUAUUUCAUGAUGAUCCAACUCCAGCUACACCAGCACAUACUAAUAAAGAAGAGGACCAUAUGUAGUUUCAGUAAAUUGCAGCCAAAUUUACUUUUAAAAUUUUCUGUGGUGCUUAGCUCAUUGUUAAUGUACCAUAUCAAAAAUAGCUAUCUAUAUUAAAAGUAUAGAAUUUUAUUAUUAUUAUUAUUAUUAUUAUUAUCAUUAUUAUACAAUAUGACAAGUAUAUAAAAAAUAUUUUAAUGAAAACAAACUAUAAAAUAAUUAUGGUUGCAGUUUUCAAAACGAAGCUUUUUAAUUAUAUAAAGAUUUUUAUAUGAUCGUUUUUUAGUUCGGUUUAGUAAACAAAUGUCUUUUUCUCUAUGAUAUGAAUAGUAUAUAUAUUUUCAUAAUGAGAGAUUCAAUAUGACUAUGCAGCAAGAUUUAUGCAAAAUGUUAUAUUUUAUGUUGCAUUUAUAAAAAAAAUAUUACAUACAAAAGUAAAAGUCUGCAUUCGUUUUCAUUCAGUUAUUAUAUAUUAUUUAGCAAAUUAUUCUAAAUAUACAUUAUGAAAGUUUAUAAUGUAAUUCUGAAUGGAAAUGUAUUGAGAACUAUACGUAUUCAUGUAUUAAUAUAUAAAAUGAAGAAAUUACAUGAGUAUUAGUCCAAUAUAAUACAGAAUUGCUAUUAUGGAUAGUGAUAAGUACUUGACUUAUGUCACUGAUUUGUAACAUUUACUUUUUCAAUUCUUUCCAAUUUUCUACAAUUAAUAACCACUUAUAUAAAUGAAAUAAUUAAAUGCUAUUUGCAUGUAUUUCUUAUGAUUCUUGUAACAGAGAUGGAAAUAUAAUACAUGCAAAUUGUAAAAUGAGAGAAGAUAUAUACAAUAUAAAGCACAACAAUAUAUGCAGGGUAAAUCCUAAGUCAUAUAUUAAUUUAUAGUAAAAGAUUUCAAACUUAACUGGAAUUAUCAAUAUUUUCUGUUAGCUCGUUUAUUAUAGUGCGAUGUAUAAUGUAUAUUCCAUAAUUGGCUGAUUCUUUUCUAAGUUUCUUUCUUGAUACUACAAACCUAAUAUUGCCGAAAGUAAUAGUAAUCUUAUAAACACCUAAAAAAGAAGUACUUUGAAAGUAUUCAUUAAAAUAUUAAAGUCAGGAGUACAAUGGAGUCCAUGGAGAAAUUGCUAUUAUCUAUGCUAUAAAUCCAAUGUUUAGUAAAUGCAAAUAUUUUUUAACAAGCUUGUAAUUUUGCAGAGCUCUAUUUUUCACAAAUGUUCUCUAUAUUAUUCUGAGGCUAAUGGUUAAAGAAUAAAUACUAUGAAAUAUAAAAAAUAAUAUUUUUGAAGCUUUACUAAAUAUUUUUUUAGCUUAUUCUC